GCCUCUCAGCCUGAUGACAUCACCCAGUCAGUCACACACAGUCGGACCGCCGCGCGCUCAGACUCACAGGAACUAGUUGUCGGAGCAGAGAGAGAGAGAGAGAGAGAGAGAGCAAGAGAGGAAGCGCAGCAGCACUUCAUCACACACAGAGAGCACCAGCUGGGGGGGAAUAUUCACCUGUGCGCUGCCAGGACGAAUUCACAAGGAUUUUCAUUCAUUUUAGCAAGACUCCGUCUUAAAGGCGCAGUGAGGGACACUUGAAACAAGAGCCCCUGCCGGACCCCUGCUUUGUCCUGUAGCCAAACAAGUUUUUUUCUUCCUUGUAUGAGUGAGAUUUUUACACAGAAACUGACCCGCAUCUGAAGCUGCUGUUUCGAUCUUAUCAUUGUUAUCGGAGAGACUGAACGCCAGGUUCCAUAAAGAGGACCGUAAUCAACCAUGGCGAGACAUGACGCCCGAAAUUGGCAUGACUGCACAAAAAUGAUCGGACUGCUCUGCUUGGUCGCGUCGAUACUUACAGAACAAGGAGCGACAGGUCAGCGAGUGAAGGUGGAGCCAGAGGUGUUGUCGUAUCCUGGCCAGACAGUCAACCUACGCUGUGCCUUCACUGAUGCCACAGGGAUUCAGCUCACAAUGGUCACAUGGCUCUACGAGCCGAAGGAAGGGGAAAGGAUCAACAUCGCUGUGUUUCACCCCAAAUUUGAUCCCAACUAUCCCGACUCACCUGUGAAGGGCAGGGUCAGCUUCUCACCCAGUCCCCCAAACCUGGACAGCCCUUCCAUCCAGAUUAGUGAUGUUAGGAUGACUGAUGAGGGGAAGUACAUCUGUGAAUAUGCUACCUACCCAAUUGGCAACGAGCAGGGUGUCACCUAUUUGGUCAUGCUGGCUAAGCCUCAGAACUCGGCCUCCAUCGUAACAGUGGACGCAGGCACUAAGCCAGUCGUUGUGGCGCGCUGUGAGUCUGUAGAUGGCCGUCCCGCUGCCCAGAUCUCCUGGGUGACCACAGCCAAUGGCAAUGGGACAACAGUGUCUAAGCCGGGCGUCGACAACACAGUGACAGUGACCAGCGAGUACCGCAUGGUUCCCACAGCAGCAGAUAACGGGAAAGACAUCAGCUGUGUGGUGGCACACAGGACUCAGACCAAACCAGAGAGCUUCCCAAUGAAGCUAGCAGUUCAAUACGCCCCUCAGGUGACAAUUGUGGGUUAUGACAAUAAUUGGUACGUGGGUCGUACAAAUGUGGUGCUCACCUGCCAAGCAACCGGAAACCCCGUACCGCUCUCAGUCCAGUGGAAGACUAUGUCAGGAGAGAUGCCAGACACAGUGCAGAUCAAAGAGAACGAGCUGAAGGUGCUGAAGGUGGACGAGGCUGUCAACACCACUUUUGUCUGCGAGGUCAAGAACCGCAUCGGGACCAGCAGGGAUCAGGUCACAGUCUUCGUCAGAGAGCCCUCAGUGAACCCAUCCAAUGCCGGCGUGGUGGCAGGAGCUGUGAUUGGCUCCCUGCUGGCCCUCCUUUUGGUCGUCGCUCUCAUCUCCGUGCUUGUCACCCGUAGCCGCAGGCAACAGCAGGGUUACCGCGCCAAUGGCGGCAGCGAUAUGAAGACGCGCAUAUUUGGCGGCGGGAAGAAGGCCAGCAAGAAUGGCACAGGUGGAGGCGCAGGCAGCGGCGGAGUCGGAGGCAGCAACAACAAUGGCCCCAUCUACGUUUACAACGAGAGCUCGUCCCACCAGGGCCUCGGAGAGAAAAACAACCACCACCAGCCACUCACCAUUGGGGGUCGGCCUGAAGUUGUCGCCACUACACCCACCGCCCAAGACAUCCUGCUAAGCAAUGAAUUAGACGACGGGGAGAGGAGGAAGUUUGAUGAGCUGGAGGAGGAGGAAAGGUAUGACCACUUCACUGGAGGCGCCCCCAUCCUUCAGCUUCGCCCACACAAUGACCAGGAGGAUAUGAUUGGAGAUUACCUGGAUGACGACAUGGAGUCCCAGCGGGAUGGCUCUGUCAUCUCACGGACUGCAGUUUACGUAUAGAAGAGAAGGAGGAUGAGAGGAAAGGAGGAGGAGAAAAAGGGAGGGAUGGAGGUUCCCUCCCGAGGAUUUUGUGGCUUCAGGGUCUCGUCCCUGUCUGAUGGAGAAGAGAAGAUGAUUCCGCUUUUAUUUUUUGAAAAUUGAUUCUAAAUAUAGCUUAAUAUUAAUCACAGUGCAGCCCCAAAAUGAACUGAAUGAACAGGAGGAGGUGUGGUGGGAUAUUCUGAAAGGAGUGUUGCUGUUAUCUGGUCCCUGAGAGCUGAAAAUCAAACAGAAAAGAAACAACUUGUCUCCCACCACUUCUGCUCAUGCUAUCACUAUCACUGGGACCUUGACAAGGACUCUUGACAGACAGACUAAAAGAGAGAAACUAUGUAGUGUGGGAGUAGGAUAAUGGAAUCAUGAUACAGGCUUGGCUAUAGAGGAGGCAUUGCACUUGCAUAUUCACUCUUAUCUUCACCAAAACAAGUAGAAGUGGAAGGGGUUGUCAAGCAGUUAUGUUUUGCAGCUAUUCUCUAUCCUCCCGUGGGAAACCUUUUUGUUUCGGUAACGCGUCGUGCCGUGACAGCCGGUGGGAAGUUAGUACAUAGUGAUGGGUUGUGAGGAAAAACAUUUGGGGGGUAUAGGUAGUAACCAGCAGGUGAUUUAGAAAAGAGAACAAUGUAUUUGCUCAUAUCUGCUCGCGCGUUCUCCUUUCCACUCUCUCUGCCUUCUUCUCAAACUUAAAUAAAAAAAAAUAAAAAAAAUACCAUCUCUGCAAACUAUCAGCCACAGAAGACACUCUUGAAUUUACAAAAUUUAAAAAGAACAUUAGGUCCUUAUGUGCUGCACAAACACAAGAGUGGCUGAAUUUAACAAAGCAAGUUUGCAGAGUUUGAAACCAAGUUCUUAACAAGGUUUUCACAUGCAAACUUUUGUACUGUGCCUGGAGGUAAGAGACGGUAAACAAGAGAUGAGGGAAUGAGGUGUAGCCAAUCUGACAGGGAUGGAGAGAGGGAUGCAGGAGACAGGAGGACGAGAGAGGAGCACGUCUCUUCUUUUCUCUUCCUCCUCAUCCCCCGUCUCUUCAGAGCGCUCCUGACAGGAGGAGCUUGAUUGGUAAUGAGCCGUGAAGUCGCUCGCUUAGCCGGGACCAACAGAUUGCCACCACUUAUCGUUUAUGACGUGGCGAUCCCUCCACCCCACCCCCCACUCCCCCCUCCCUCCUUCCACCUCUAUCUCUAUCAUCCCUCCAUCUCUCGCUCUCUCUCCCUCUCCCUCUCUCUCUCUCUCUCUCUAUCUCUCUCUCUCCCGGUGUUUAUGGGGAGUUUAUGAUUUAUCCAGGGCAGUGUCGAGGUCAGGGCCAAAGAGAGCAGGGGAGUAUUUUACUGCUCCCGAUGUGUCAAACGCCCCACUUACUCUAUUCCAGGCCGGCCUGCCCUGACAUGCCAGGACUGUCUAAUCCACCUGGAGAGGCCAUGUUCACUCCGCUGCACAGACACCACCACCUCCUCCCGUACUUUAGUAAAUGGCCAGAUGUAACGGAACCCUACCUCCAAAGGGCGACUGCGUUAGGUUAGAUAGAUUUUCAAUGAGAUCAUGUAAUUUUUCUGUCCAUUAGCAGAUGUUGUUAAAUGUAGUGAAUUGAUCGAGAGACAUAAACGUCGCAUCCGCCGCGACGCUAUGGGAGUCGUAUUGACUAACAGGCAACAAGCAGUGAAAUGGCCCUUUAUGAUGCAGCUUCAGGGCUGAUUGUCUCCUGACUGUUAAUUUAUCCCUCUAACAAGCCACCGGAGGCCCACUCAAACAAACACUGCUCCACGUCUACUGUACACUACUGUCUUUGAGGCUUAGUGUGCACGUGUGCAUGCGUCACUGUAUCUGGAUGACUGUGACGGACAAUCUUGCAGAGAAGCCACUACUGUAGCUCCUCUAAUCAUGCUCUCCCUGGCCUUCUAAUCAACUCCCCUUUGACCCACUGGGAAUCUGGUGAGUGUGGUCCAGAUGACUGUACUGACCUCUUGUAAGGCCCAGCAAAGAUCUGGGUUGCAGUUGGCUGCAGGUCAUGAGGUCAAAUGCAGGGUGACCCAUUGCCAAGAGCUCAAAUGACUGCACUUACUCGCGUUUCUUACCGUGGCUGUUUUUAACCUUGAACUAUGGAUACGAGACACACACUCACGUACAAUGCAAGUACCUAUAUAGAGUUAGACAGUCCUUGUUUGCCAUAGUGAUGGCUGUUAACCUUCAGAGAGGCGGGGAGAGAAUAGGAGAGAGACAGGAGGCAGAUGACAAAAAUAGAGUGUUUAGCGUUUGAGUGCUGUCUGGCAAACUGUAAGCCAGCGUGUUCAAUUAUUGUCUAAUGGCCUUAGCGUAUACAUAAAUGCAACUCCUGUCAAACUGGGGUUAAGUACAUUUACAGAUCACAGCUGAUUUUACCACAGACACUCAAAAUAAAAAUGCAUUACUUAUUUUUGCACUUGUGUGUGUCACCACUACAAAGAGAAAUAUGAGUAUAAUACUUUCUUUUCGGGGUAAAAAAAAAAAAAAAAUGGCGACAAGGGACAAAACUGUUGUAUGUACAUUUUGGUGUGAGGUAUCUGUGUACUAUAUAUGUAAGCAUUUUUAUUUUUCUCGUGAAAAUGUGGAUAUUUAUGAAAUUGUAAAUAUCAGAUCAAUGGAGCCAGUGUUGCCAGUGUUGUGGAAGUAAUAAUGAAGGAGUCCUGGGUUUGCUAACCCUACAGUUCAAAUGUCUCAGAGGGCAUUGAGAAUGUAAUUUUUAAUCAAAUGAAUACCUCAGUAGUUUGGAUGUUUCAACAUACCGAACUGACUGAGCUUAGUUUACCUAAAGCCUAAAGUCGAUUUUACUUCGGGGGAAAAAAUUCUACAUGCUCGUAUCCUUUUUAUUUUUUUAUUUUUUUUAUUUUUGCAUUUCCACAUAAUAAGCACACAAUUUUUUUUUUUUUUUUCCCUGCACAAUUGGUUUCUCCUCCCUGACAGACACCAUGCACAAUGCCAAAAUACACACAAUAACAAUAAUUUAUCAGGUAGGCCAUAACCACACAAGCAAUGGUCUGUGUUGUGUCUGAGUCAGUGCUGUGUGUGUGUGUGUGUGUGUGUGUGUGUGUGUGUGUGUGUGUGUGUGUGUGUGUGUGUAUGCUCAGAGGCUUUGGGACAUCUCUCGCCACCAUGGGGGCUCUAACCUGAGAAGCCACUCUUUGUCACCAUGGCGAACCGGCAAACUGAAGAUAUUAUUGUGCAUUUCGAGGACACACACACACGCAUACUGUACAUAUACAUAGGCAGAAUGCAGAGAAACAUUCGCCCACACACAAACACCCCUCAGUCACUCUCAUUAUGCUCACUCCCACAGCCAAACUGUGCAGAAGACACCACAUACCUGACAACUCUGCCAUCUCCUGACAUAAGCCCACACAAAUGUGCUCGCAUAGCUGCAAACGAAGACACACACACAAACACACACACACACACAAAAACACUAAUACUUACUUACUUUUUCCUCCUCUUUCUCAGUGGCUCUGUCAGGACAUAUACCAUGUCCUGUUUGAGUGGAAAGAACCACAGCAUGAUGUGUCCCCUGCUCCAUUGCUCUCUAUCCCCAAAAUAGUCCAACCACAAAUCAAUGACCAUACAGAGCAGAGACAGACUACACGUUCAGGGACACAUGCACGCACACACGCACACACACCUUUUCACCUAGUGUCAAAGAAACAGGCAAUUUAGGAAAGGGUUUGACUGUCGCGCUUUUGUCCUACAUGGGAAAUAUAGCUUUCAUAAAAAUGCCACUGCGCUGACCUCCUCCCCCUCCCAGAUUCCCUUUGAAUGCUUUUAGAGAGUCACAACUUCUUACUCGUCUCCAAAAUGUUGCUUUUCGACUUUAGCCACCUCCGCCACCGCGACCGCCUCCACAGACACACACACUCCACGCAUACACAUACACAUACACACACUGUUGCCACCCACCUCGGUACCCAAGUAAGGCUUUCAGAGAAAUCCACGAUUCCUCGCCUGGGUCUAGCACAAGGUUAGAUAGUCAAAAUACCCGACAUUUUUCUUUUUCCAGAAAGCCACAUACUGUUGCUAUUUCUUUAGCUACAAACAUCUGAUGACUAAUCAAAGCCUUAACAUCUCCCAUCUCACUCACAUAAAAGGAAAAAAAAAAAAAGAAAACCUUCCUGUGUACAUAGUAUAAAUAUAUAAAUAUGUAGCAGAGAAAAAGAAUUACUAAUUUAUGGUGUCACGUUUGUGUAUUUCUCAGUGACAGCAAGCAUGAAGGAUUUAUUUUCUCCUAUUACAGUUUCUCCUCUUUUCUGUUAUUUUGCAGUGCUUUAUAAUUUAUGUUUUCUGAGUGCUUUAUUCUUGACUGCUGCGCUGUGAUUGCUGCCAAAACUGGCAAAUGUGCUUCUUCUAUACAAAUGAACUGUACACACAACAAAACAGUCUUACCCCAAAAUGUGCUUUUUAUUAUUGACUGCUCUGUGUAAAAGAUGUUUUUUUGUUUUUUAUUUCUUUUUUGUAUUUUUUAAUUUUAAAUUUAUUUUGGGAAAAAGACCGAAUUACAAUUGUUGUCACCAUUUUGUCGAGUCUUUCUAUAUAUUUUUUUUUUUCGUAUUUGGUUGUAUUAAAGAUCUCUCGGUUUUUGAAAUGUU